CUCCUCCUCUCACUACAUCAGCUGCAGUUUGUGUUGAGCAGCAUCACCCUACGGACCUGCACCGCUUGCUUUCUGUCUCAGUCGACUUUACCCAAGUAAAACAAAGCAAAAAUCAAUUAAAAAGCAGAACCUUAGCCCACGUUAAACUGUCAGAGGCCCGGCAGGAGACCGUUUCAGACGUGUGAAGCGCUCGUUUUGUUUGUCCGUCCGACCACUCCAGACACCAGACCGGACUUCCCUCGUUGACUCCGCACUCUCUCGAGGAAAAAUGGGGAAACAGAACAGCAAGCUGACCCCUGAAGUGAUGGAGGAUCUGGUGAAGAACACAGAGUUUAAUGAACAUGAGCUGAAGCAGUGGUACAAGGGAUUCCUGAAGGACUGUCCCAGCGGCCGGCUCAACCUGGACGAGUUCCAGCAGCUCUAUGUCAAGUUCUUCCCUUACGGCGACGCGUCCAAGUUCGCCCAGCACGCCUUCAGGACCUUCGACAAGAACGGCGACGGCACCAUCGACUUCAGAGAGUUCAUCUGCGCGCUGUCCAUCACAUCACGAGGCAGCUUCGAGCAGAAACUCAACUGGGCCUUCAACAUGUACGACCUGGACGGAGACGGCAAGAUCACACGGGUGGAGAUGCUGGAGAUUAUUGAGGCCAUCUACAAGAUGGUCGGCACCGUGAUCAUGAUGAAAAUGAACGAGGACGGCCUGACGCCCGAGCAGAGGGUGGACAAGAUCUUCUCCAAGAUGGAUAAGAACAACGACGACCAGAUCUCGCUGGAGGAGUUCAAGGAGGCGGCCAAGAGCGACCCGUCCAUCGUAUUACUGCUGCAGUGUGACCUCCAGAAAUAGGCCGGAGGGCGAGUGGAGCUCUCCACCAGCCGCCACGGACUGCACCGAAAGAAUUUCAUGUUCCAUUCAGUUUGCAGCUAUUUCCACUGAAAAAAAAAAACAUGCUUGGACUACCUUUCAAUGGAUCUGCUUCUUGUGUUUGAAACACUCGUGUGCAUGAGAAUGUUAUUUGCUAUAAAAACGAUAUACACACACCACACAUAACAGUGCGCGGGAGCGACAGUGCGGGUGCACGCCACAGACACACUCACAGUACACGCACACACGCGCACACACACACCAUCAAUACAUACGAACAUCUCGCACAAAUGAUAUAUAGAUAUAUAAAUAUGAAUAUAUAUAUAUAUUUAAAUUAUUUAAAGAUCAACUGCCAAAAUGUGAAGUGUGCAAAGUAUUUUCCAUACAGUUUCAUCCUACCCGGAGCUUGCGCAUCAGUGAUGUGCUACGUUGAAUUUGCCGCUACUCUAUUUAUUGUUCCAAGUUUACUGACGCUAGCUGUAUGUGUUUCAUGAUACUGAGUAAUGUCAACCGAACCAAAUUCCUAUGAUAAUGUAUCUGCCUCCAGUGAGACACUCCGUCCGCCGUCUCGAAAUAUUAGCCCUAGAAGAGAUGGACCGUCCCAAACGUUUCCCUCCGAAAACAUGCUUGUACUGUCGGUAAUACUGUAAGUGUAGUUCAUUUGCAUGCCUUUAGGUUCUGCCUUAAAAAUCUCCUCAUGUUGCAUCCUGUAAUUGGAGACAGAGAAAGCCUUAUCGAAAGUAGCGCGCUGUUGGUGGGGGUGUGUGUGGGAGGGGGCCGUGAGAAAGGAUUUUUACCGACUAGGGAGGAGAAAAAGGAAGUCACACUGCAGCAGGUCCUUCCACAACUAUCGCCGUACGGGAUGUAAAUUUUGUGAGCUGUCGUUUUCUUUUAACUGCUUUAACUGUGGGAGCAUGUUUCCUUGUAGAUUAGCUGUGGUAAUACGUUGCUGAGAACUAAAUCCCUGGCCCCUCUUUCCCCCCUCCCCACGUGCACUCAUUAAAAAUUAGCAGACGUUAAAUGUAGGGGGAUUCCAUUUUCAAGCGGAGAUAAACAAAGAAGAGCUAAAUUAUUUAUCUAUUAUUUUUUAAGCAGGAGGCAAGUUAGAUCAAAUAUUAAAAACCAGGAUUAACUAGAGAAUGAUCGAAGUUAAAAAAAAAAAAAUCUGAUUAGAAAGAUUCAUCUACAGCUAAAGACCAUUGUUACAUUUGACCAUCACAUCCACUUUUUUCCAGUCUGACUGUGGGGUUGCAGCCAUUCAGAUUCUUUUACGCUUCUGGAGCAUUAAAGAGGAGUAGAAAUAAGACCCGUCGCGCGGCAUUUUCACUGUCUCUUCGUCUUUUUCAGGGGAAGUAAACGAGUGCUAAAGUGGUAUGAGGAGCAGUGGGUGGGUUUCAUUACACACUCUAACUGCUGGAGGACAAGCCCUUAAUGUAAAGCCAUGUGUUCAGUAGGUCGGACCGUUCGCCCCUCAGCCCUCCCUCAAAGUAUCUCUCUCUUACCAGUCAGUCUUUUUUGUACUUUUUUACUCCUUCUCUCACACGUUGUACACGUACUGAUGCAUACUCGGUGUGGAGAAGUUCAGUGAAGUAUUGCGGUACCUCCUGAGAAUGAUUUGGAAAUAGCCCGUCAGCCCUAACAUUUUCCAGCCUGCGUUAACACUGCAAGUAUUGUACAAGCGAGUGGAGGCUUCAUGAGAUGCGACAUGCCACAGUAUGCAGCUCUGCAGUAAAGAGACCGUCACACCAGUCCAUCAUCAUCUCUCAGCAGUGUGGCUUAUCCCCAUCAAGUUUGUAACCUGAACUUCUUUACAUAAGCAUCUUUGGCCAGAUAAUGUUUCUAAUUAAAAACUCUGUUAUUCCUAUUACUGCUAUCAAGGUACCAAAUGUAAGCAAUGGCAACCGUGUACAAGGAUUCUUUUGUAGCAUGUAUUGUGUCCCUGACGACAUGGCUGCACUACUCCCUGUGUUGUGGUUUAAUCUAAUAAAAGGAACUCUAUGGGC